UCAGAAUAUGAUUCACAAUUCACUGUAUUCACUAUUCAGUCGCCGUCGAACUCCGUCAUGAGGUAGACGGUUUACCGUAGAUACAUCACAAACUUUCCCUUUCGAAUGUAAACAAACUGAAAGUUAAGCCUUAACGAGUGAUCAGUGUAAUUUGAGUACGAUUUGACGAAAUUAUUUACGCCUAACCUUUACAUAGUUAAAAGUAUUUUGGUAUUAUAAAAGUGUUAAUCGUUUUGUAAUUAUGGUGUAUUCCACGACGAUCAUUUGAAAAUAUCUUCGACGGAUGACAGUGGCCGGACUUUCUAGCUUUCAGUUUCUAGAGUAUUUAUUCUUGUGAAUUUUUAUUUUAAAAUAGUUUUACGUUUUGAGUGCACUGUUUUUUUGUCAUUAUGGGAAAAGACUUCGGGGAGCCGAUACGAUAUGAUCCCAACUUCAACGGCCCGAUCCACAACCGUUCUUGCACGGACAUACUAUGGUUAAUAAUGUUCAUCCUCUUCCUCGGGGCGUGGGGCUACGUUGGAUACUACAGUAUGACGAGAGGUAGCGUCGACAAACUAUUAGCGCCUAUUGAUUCAAGAGGACGACGGUGUGGGCUGGACUCCGGCCUUGAAGAAAAGAAGUAUCUAAUCUUUUUCAACAUCGCUAAGUGUUUGGCGCCGGGAACCCCUAUAACCGGAUGUCCGACUACACAGGUGUGUGUAUCGCAAUGUCCAGACAAAACUGUGCUGUUUAAAAAAGAGUUAGAACAAAAUCCCACUGCCUUCGAACAAAUUAAAAUGAAUAUGGUUUGCACCGAAGAUGUGAACCUCCAGACCAUGACGUAUUCUCAAGCGAUCCAAUACAUACAAGAGGAGAAGUGCGCUAGUUUUGUGUUGCAGAGCCAACCAGUGUUGUACCGCUGCAUCGGAGAUCUUUCAACCCUGCAAUGCAAAGACACGUCGAAGACCACUCCAUGGACGGAGAGCACCGGCGAAACUUGCGUCAGAAAUCCGGAAGACGCCCAGAAAUCCUUGCUCAACCGCGCGACUGCCCUGGACUCAUACGUGGGCUGGAUCGCCGCAAGCUGGGUUACAUUCUUCACGAGGAAUGAGCGAGAAACACACGUUUUGUCGUCGCAAAUAGUUCAAGAUCUGGUCCAGUCCAGAUGGUACAUGGCCGGAGCGUUGGUCGCUGUGGUAUUGCUAUGCUUCAUCUACAUACUCUUGCUACGUUGGGUCAUCACACCCGUAGUCUGGCUUUCGAUCGCGGGCCUGUUUGCUCUAAUGGGAUUUGCUAUUUACCUGUGUUACAAAAACUACGAGUACUACAAAGCAAACCCUGUCGGUCUCUACCAAACAACCAACCUGAAAGGAUACGCGCAGUCUAUUUUUGCGAAAUAUGAAACCUGGCUCGUAAUUCUCAUUGUAUUGGCUGUGUUACUACUUAUUUUGUUUUUGGUAGUAGUAUUCCUGCGAAGUCGGAUAACUAUAGCUAUAGCACUCAUACGUGAAGGAAGCAAAGCCGUUACAUCAAUAAAAUCCACAAUUCUGUUCCCAAUAUUCCCCUGGAUCUUCCAAUGCGCUAUCAUUGCUUAUGGGAUUUUGGUUCUCAUGUUUCUGCUGUCGAUUGGUGAGUCUGCCUUCCGCGUCGUUAACCUGCGAAAUGAUACUACGUGUAGCUGCAACGGGGUAUACACGGAGGAGGGGGCCCCGUGUAAUCCACUAACAUUCGUAGAGAAAUGCCAUGAUACCAGUUCCGUCGGUGGGCUUUUACCGUGUCAAUUGGCUUCCUGCCAUUUUACCGGCAUCGACAAUCCACAGAUUGUUAUUUAUAUGCAACUGGUCAACGUGCUAGGUUUUUUCUGGGCGAUGUUUUUCAUCAGUGGAGUAGCGGAUAUGAUGUUAGCGAGUACAUUCUCAACUUGGUACUGGACUUUCCAUAAGAAUGACUUGCCUUUCUUCACCCUUACCUCAGGAAUUUAUAGAACGCUUCGCUACCACUUGGGAACGGUGGCGUUUGGAGCUUUAAUAAUUGCAAUAGUAAGAGUUAUUCGAGUAAUUCUGGAAUACAUCGAUCACAAAGUCAAAAAAUUCGACAAUCCAUUUACGAGAUGCAUGAUGUGUUUCUGCAAAUGCAUGUUUUGGUGCUUGGAGAACUUUUUGAAAUUUGUUAAUAAGAACGCCUACAUUAUGUGCGCUGUGCACGGGAAGAACUUCUGCAGAAGCGCCAGUGACGCCUUUUCAUUGCUCAUGAGGAAUAUUCUUAGAGUUGUCGUAUUAGAUAAGGUGGCCGACUUUAUUUUCUUCCUCUCAAAGCUUUUGAUCUCCAUUGGGGUGGGCUUCGCUGUGUACUACCUCCUUGAAUGGAACUACGUGUACGAAGUAACAAAAGGCGAGCGUCUGCACUACAACUACGUGCCUGCAGUCAUACUGAGCAUCGCAACCUACCUCAUAUGCACUAUAUUCUUCAACGUCUACUCAAUGGCUGUAGACACACUGUUCCUAUGUUUCUUGGAAGAUUGCGAGAGGAAUGAUGGUUCCCCGGAAAAACCGUACUUCAUGUCGAAAAACCUUAUGAGAAUCCUCGGCAAGAGAAACAAAAAAACCACAUAAAACAUUCUAAGCUGCCAAAGAUAUAAUUUUAAGUACCUAAGUUAAGACGGUUUUUUAAAGUAAUUGAAGUGUUGUGAGAAAUUGUUCAAUUUAUUUAUGACAUUUAAUAUUGUAAUAUUUUAUAAUUUCAAUCGAACUUAAUAACUUUUUAUAUGCCCUCUAUCCACUCUUAUAAUAGUCGGGCCAAAAUAGUUAGGCGACCGAAAAAAGUUUACUGAAUGUCACCUCCCGUAUUCUGUUAUUUGCUAACCGGUGGUGACUUGUCAUCAUUUGUAUAUAAAAUUUGCAAUCAGGCAUGUAAGCCUGGUUGGUCGCCGUCAAAGGUAGCAUGUCUGAAAAUAUUGUGAUAGAUAUGGCAGCAAAUUUUUGACAAAACUACAAUUUGGAAAUUACAUUAGGUAUUUAUUGGCUUUGAUAUAUGUUUGAAAAAAUUCAAUAUGGCGGUUGUUUGGCGCCAUUUUUAAACGUAAUAAUUACGAAUUUUUAGUAUAGUGAUUGGCAGUAGUGUUUUCAAUUUUGUUUUUAAUAACGUAGAUAUCUUCUUGUUUUUAGCUGAAUAAAACAAUUUACAAGUGGCAGGUUUACCUAUAUCGUAUGAAAUCAAAACUAAAGUGAGCUUGCUUGCUUAAGAUGUUCUUUAAACAAACAAUGGAGGCUUUAAAACUAUAAUAUUCAAGAAAAACCAAUUAUAGAUUAGGAUAUUUUAUCGCGAACUUUCUCAGAAGUGUAUGGAGCAACUAUUCUUACACUUGUGAUAUGAUCUAUGAUGACAAAACAUUAAUUCAGGACAAGAAAUCAUAAAUAAUUGUUUUGAUUGGCUUUGGCGGUUGCACACUGUUAGCAAAGGAAGGAAAUGACAGAUCUUAACUGAUUAGAAAUUGUCAGAGAACUAACGAGUUAAGGAGCAUUUGGUUUUUCACACAAUUCCCUCUCAUUUCAAAAGAAACCAUCCACCGCGAUCCUUUUUAGGGUUUCGCACCCAAAGGGGAACUAAGACUCCGCUGUCCGUCCGUCUGUCUGUCUGCCUAUCUGUCUCUUCGUCUGUCACCAGGCUGUAUCUAUAAACCGUGAUAGUUAGACAGUUGAAAAUUACACAGAUGAUGUAAAGUUAAACUUUGAGGGGUUGCCAUACAACAUUUUUGCCCGUUUUUUGUCACAAGUAAACGCUUGAAAUAUUAACAGAAUAUUUAGUUAUGUAUACUUUUUGUGGCCCUCUAUUUGUCAGUCCGUCUCGCACUUGACCCUGACGAAAAGUAAAUUAUAAGAUUUAAAUUAUAAAUUAAAGCAAAGCCAAAUAAUACUUUAUAGAGAGUUUAGACAUAACACCUUAUUAUAUAACUAUAAUAGAAAUAAUUUUAUGAGAGUUUUUGUAGUACUUUAUUCGUAAGUUGUGAUGUUUGUAUACAUGUAUUUUCUAAGACUUUAUGAUGUAGAUUAUUAUCGAAUGUGCCAAGGAUUCUUCCUUUUCUAAACCAUUACCUAUCUCAUUUUUCUACGUGGUAUACAAUUACAUAUUAUAUUUAUUUUGUGAUUUACUAGGUGUAUCCGUCAUGACGUUAAUGAUUGUACAUACUUUAUAUUUUUAUUCAAUACAAAUUUCAAAUUAAA